CGGAAGUGCUGCCGCGGCGACGCGAAGCCACGUGCGGCGCCUCCAGGAGUCGGAGGGCGACGAGCGUCGCCGGUCCCCGGCACCUGCCGGACCAGCAGCACCAUGAGCUUCGUGGCCUACGAGGAGCUAAUCAAAGAGGGUGACACAGCCAUCCUGUCCCUGGGCCAUGGCGCGAUGGUGGCCGUGCGUGUGCAGCGUGGGGCCCAGACCCAGACCCGGCACGGCGUCCUGCGGCACUCAGUGGACCUCAUCGGCCGCCCCUUCGGCUCCAAGGUGACCUGCGGCAGAGGCGGCUGGGUGUAUGUGCUGCACCCCACACCGGAGCUCUGGACACUGAACCUGCCGCACCGCACCCAGAUCCUCUACUCCACCGACAUCGCCCUGCUCACCAUGAUGCUGGAGCUUCGGCCUGGGUCCGUGGUCUGUGAAUCUGGCACCGGCAGCGGCUCCGUGUCCCACGCCAUCAUCCGCACCAUCGCGCCCACGGGCCACCUGCACACAGUGGAGUUCCACCAGCAGCGGGCGGAGAAGGCUCGGGAGGAGUUCCAGGAGCACCGCGUGGGCCGCUGGGUGACCGUGCGGAACCAGGACGUGUGCCGCAGCGGCUUCGGUGUGAGCCACGUGGCAGACGCCGUCUUCCUGGACAUCCCCUCGCCUUGGGAGGCCGUGGGGCAUGCCUGGGAUGCCCUCAAGGUCGAAGGUGGGCGCUUCUGCUCCUUCUCACCCUGCAUCGAGCAGGUUCAGCGCACGUGCCAGGCGCUGGCGGCCUGCGGCUUCUCGGAGCUGAGCACCCUGGAGGUGCUGCCCCAGGUCUACAACGUGCGCACCAUCAGCCUGCCUGCGCCCGACCUGGGGGCCAGCCCCGGCCCGGACGCCGGCCCCUUCCGCAGCGGCACGCCCAUGAAGGAGACCGUGGGCCACACCGGCUACCUGACCUUCGCCACCAAGACUCCGGGCUAGGGGCGCCCCCCGGGAGCUCCGGGGAGCUGGGAGGUGAAACUCCGGCCAGAGACUACCUUGUAUGGUCAGCGGCCGCCUGCCGGGCCGGUGUUUAGAAAUGGACUUGGAGCGGGGAGGGUGGGGCAAGGGGGCCUCCCUGACAGCUGGCAGGGUGGCGGGUGGGGGGGCUGCCGCUGUGGAGCAGCAUCAUGGCCCUGGGGAAGCGCUCCCGCCCGAGGUCAGCAUGCCCGCCCUGCCGGCUCAUAGCCUCGCCGUCUUCACUGCCGUGGGCUCCUCCGGGUGGGCAUGUGGCCGGCGCGGGUUUGACCCUCUUGGGUGACCCCAAACAGGGAGGGCGGAGGAGGAGGCCCGCGGACGGUGGCCUUGGGCCC